UGCCCAGCAGUGAUUGGACACAAACUGCAGGCAGAGAUACUAGCUGGAUUAGGUGUCCAGAUCAGCUGUGAGUUAGCUGAAGCAUUCCAGGCUGCAGAGGACUGAAAACUAGAAGUGGAACAGAACUGAACUGGUUAGGUGGAGCACGGAGAGCUGUGGGCUGCAGGAGACGGAAGACUGGAACAGAACUGAUGCGAUGGAAAAUGCAGAUUCCUGACACCUGCCUCCUAUAGCACUGGUCUCCACUCUCCUGCCGUUUGGCUCAGUGACAGUGUCCAUCCUGCUUCUUAUCCUCUCCACCCUUUCAUAAAUCAGAUCGAUGCAGGAAAGAUGAUUCCCAUUUAAGUUUUGAAGAGAUAAAUGCUGACGAGUUGCAGGCUGGCUGUAAUACUCAUAUGGAUUACAGGCAGGUGUCCCAGCUUUGGGUCACUAAUCAGCGUCUGGCAGAUCAGCUUAAGACAACAUCCUGGAGUGAAAAUAGAGGGAUCCACGGAUGUGAGUAACGGACCCUUCUCUCUGGCAUGGAGAAAGAGUAUGAUGUCAUCGUGUUGGGGACCGGACUGAAGGAAUGCGUGCUGUCGGGGAUAAUGUCUGUUAAUGGAAAAAAAGUUUUGCAUAUAGAUCGGAAUAACUACUAUGGAGGAGAAAGUGCGUCGAUCACGCCACUGGAAGAGCUAUAUCGAAGGUUUAAUGUGAUUGGUCCUCCAGAGCCCAUGGGUAGAGGCAGAGAAUGGAAUGUCGAUCUCGUACCCAAAUUUCUUAUGGCCAAUGGGCAGCUGGUGAAGUUGCUUCUAUACACAGAAGUGACCCGAUAUAUCGAUUUCAAGGUGGUGGAUGGAAGUUACGUGUACAAAGCUGGAAAGAUCCACAAGGUGCCGUGCACAGAGGAAGAGGCCUUGGCCUCUGACUUAAUGGGUAUGUUCGAAAAGAGACGUUUCCGUAAAUUCUUACUAUUUGUUUUGAACUUUAAUGAACAUCGCAUCAAGACCCAUCACGAUAUAGAUCCCAAGAGAAUGACCAUGCGGGAAUUGUAUCGGAAAUUUGACCUAGGUCCAGAGGUCAUGGCAUUUACUGGUCACGCCCUGGCCUUGUACAGGACAGACGACUACUUGGAUCAGCCGUGUUUAGAGACCAUAAACCGAAUCAAGCUGUAUUGUGAGUCCCUGGCUAAAUACAGCAAAAGCCCUUACCUGUACCCUCUGCAUGGCCUGGGUGAGCUGCCGCAGGGCUUUGCCAGGCUGAGUGCUUUGUACGGUGGAAUUUACAUGCUCAAUAAACCCGUAAAUGAGAUCCUAAUGGAAAAGGGAAAGGUGGUUGGCGUGCGGUCCCAGGGAGAGAUCGCAUACUGUAAGCAGUUAAUCUGUGACCCCAGUUAUGUCCCUGACCAAGUGAAGAAGACGGGGAAGGUGAUACGCGUUAUCUGCAUCCUCAGCCAUCCAAUCAGGAACACAAACGAGUGCACAUCUUGCCAAAUCAUCAUCCCCCAGACGCAAGUCAACAGAAAAUCAGACAUCUACGUGUGCAUGGUCUCCUGUUCGCACUGUGUCGCAUCGGAUGGGAAAUACAUUGCUAUAAUUAGCACAACAGUCGAAACUGAGAAUCCACAGACUGAGAUCCAGCCGGCUCUAGAACUACUGGAACCUGUUGAUCAGAAAUUUGUAUCCAUUACGGACCAGUAUAUCCCGAAACACGACGGAACAAAGAAUCAGAUUUUUAUCUCCCGGUCAUACGAUGCCACCACUCACUUUGAGACGACCUGUGAUGACAUUAAAGACAUCUUCAAAAGAAUGACAGGUGCCACUUUGGACUUCAGAGACAUGUGGACUGCAAUCUCGGAGGCAGACAAAGAGGACGCAAAGUGACUUUUAUUUCAUUGAUUUUUCCAUUUAAAUAUUAAUAUUUGUAUUUUCACUGCCUUUGUUCCACUGCAUCUUGAAUUUUAUGUGGAUAUUGGAAAUGUUUUCCUUGCUUUCCGGACAGUUUUUUUUUUUUUUUGCUGUCAUAUAUCAGUGAUACUUCUUGCUUCAAAAACUCAUCCUAUGUUUAUGUUAUCUCCUAUAUAAUAGCCUUGUGACUCUGUGCCUGCAUUUCUAACGCUGGGCGGAGUCACAGGCACAGAUCUGGGUGGCUGGAUGCAGGCCAGGAACAGUCCCCUCCCUUGGUCCGCCCAUCCCCGCCCAGUCCCCUCCCAAUCUCCGCCCAGUCCCCUCUUUCCCUCCUCCCCGUACACACCCUGCACCCUGGUGAGUUGUGACACUGCAGCCGGUGAGUCUUGCCAGACAGUGCGGCUGAGAAUGCUGUGGACGACCUCGGCCUGCCGCACCCGCCCCCCUCCCACCUGCGGCACCCACAGCCUCCACAAUAUACGCCCCUCACCCGCGGCACAUGCCCUGCGCCACCCCGCACCCUCCCACCCGCUUCACCCACACCUGCAGCGCCCCUCGCCCACCCGCGGCACUCCCUCCCCCACCCGCGGCAGACGCCCCUCCCCCACCCAUUGCACCCACAUCUGCAGCACCCCCCGCCCCUCUCCCACCCGUGGCACUCCCGCCCCUCCCCCACCCGCGGCACUCUCGCCCCUCCCCCACCCAUUGCACCCACACCUGAAGCACCCCCCGCCCCUCCCCCACCCGCGGCACUCCCGCCCCCUCCCCCACCCAUAUAACCCACACCUGAAGCACCCCCUGCCCCACCCGCGGCACUCCCGCCCCUCCAGCACCCGCGGCAGACGCCCCUCCCCCACGCACGGCACUCUCGCCCCCUCCCCCACCCAUUGCACCCACACCUGAAGCACCCCCCGCCCCUCCCCCACCCGCAGCACUCCCGCCCCUCCAGCACCCGCGGUACAUGCCCCUCCCCACCCAUGGCACUCCCGCCACCUCCCCCACCCGUAGCACCCACACCUGCAGCACCCCCUCCCCCACCCGCGGCACCCCCCCGCCCCUCCCCCACCCGUGGCACCCACACCACCCACCACAUCUGUCCUCCACCCACGGUACACGCCCCUCCCCCACCCACACCACUCCCGCCCCCUCCCCACCCGUAGCACCCUCAAACCCCGGCACCCC